UCCAAAACACAACACAACACAAAAUGGAAACUUCAUCAUUCCCCUUAGCUCUCUCCCUCUUCUUCUUCCUCUUACUUGGCUCACGGGCCAAAGUCCCUCCGGCCGAACAGUUCCAAUUCACCAACAAGGGUGGUUUUCUCGAUUACAGCCCGAUCGAGUAUGGUGCCACGGUCCGAGGAUUCUUGCCCGUCAACGACAAUUUCCGCCUCUCUUUCUACAACACAACCCCCAACGCUUACACUCUCGCCCUCCGUAUGGGCAACCGAGCUCAAGAAUCCACUCUCCGGUGGGUUUGGGAAGCAAACCGUGGAAACCCGGUUCGCGAAAACGCGGUCUUGACCUUUGGCGAGGACGGGAACCUCGUCCUGGCCGAGGUCAAUGGCCGUGUGGCUUGGCAGACGAACACUGCCAACAAAGGCGUUGUAGGGAUCAAAGUGUUGGAGAAUGGUAACAUGGUGUUGUAUGAUGCCAAAGGGAACUUUGUAUGGCAAAGCUUCGAUUUCCCUACCGACACACUUCUCGUCGGACAGUCUCUUAAGGCCAAUGGUCGGAACAAGCUCGUGAGCAGGUUAUCCAGGUCGGUGAACGUCGAUGGACCGUACAGCUUGGUGAUGGAGCCCAAGAGACUCGUUUUGUACUACACGACGAACAUGACCCAGAAACCAAUCGCUUAUUACGAGUACGAAUUCUUCACCAAGAUCAACACCCGGUUCGAGUCCAUGACGUUCAAAGUCAAGGAAGAUGCCUUCGACACAACCUACGGUAUGUCGUUCGAGGGGAAGAUCCAGGGCUCACAAUUCAACGCGUCCGCUUUUCUCUCACGGCCUAAACACAACGCGACGCUGAGUUUCAUCCGCCUCGAAUCGGACGGGAACGUCAGAGUCUACAGUUACAGCACGGCCGCGACCGCGACGGCGUGGGACGUGACGUACACUGCGUUCACAAGGGACGACUUCGACGGGAACGAUGACUGUCGGCUGGCCACGUGGUGCGGUGACUUCGGUCUGUGCAGGAAGAGCCAGUGCAACGCCUGCCCUACGGACAAGGGACUCACCGGUUGGGACGAGACUUGUCGGCCGCCAAAACUGACGAGCUGUGACCCGAAGACGUUCCAUUACUUCAAGCUGGAAGGCGUAGACCAUUUCAUGACCAAAUACAACGGCGGUUCCACGGCGACGGAGAAUGGCUGUGGAGACAAAUGUACGAAGGACUGCAAGUGUAUGGGUUUCUUCUAUAACCGGAAAAGCUCGAAAUGCUGGUUGGGUUAUGAGCUCAAGACACUGACUAAGAGCGGAGAUGCUUCUCAGGUCGCUUACGUCAAGGCUCCAAAUGGUAAAUAACUGAGGCCGAAGGGUGGCGAAUAAAGGAGGCCUUUUUGUAUUUGCUAAUUUCGUUUAAUUAUAUUUCCGCUUGUUAAUUUCUCUUGCAUGGGGUUGGUAAUAACGAGAUAAAUCCGAAUAAAAUUGGAGGUUAAUUAUAUCUGUU